GCCUUCCGUUUGGUGCAGAGAGGACCCCAUUAUCUGAGAAGCAAUUAUUAGUAAUAGGUAGUAGGAGUGUUUGGAAUGUCAUUCUCCGAAUCUGUUUUGCAUUGCUGCUUCAUUGGGUGACGCAACCAAGUGUAUAGAUUCCCCCCCCGUGAUCAAUAAUCGAUUGAUCACACAGCUCUGUGCUCUGCGGAGGUCUUGUGGUCGGCUGUCUACAUGUUGUGUGACAGGGUGUAUAGAGCCAGGCUGAGUGGGACUCUUGUUCUGUUUUUGCAGUUUCAUUGCAUCUAUUGCAUCUAUUGCUAGGCUACAGUUCACUUUCACACAUCUAUAUAAUAACUAAGGGUAGCUUAUCAAGUGCAGAGCUUCUCAAAGCUUCUCAUUACUUUGAGGAAUGGAAAAAAUAAAGGUCUUUUUUUGCAACCAGGACCUCCGACUGUUCCCCCUACAAGAUGUUUAUGUGUAUAAUUACAAGCACAAUAUGUCAUAAGAAAUUAAUAAAUAAUUUAUCUAUAUUCAUAUAUAUGUUACACAGAAACCUACUUCAACACCUGGGGCAGGGAAGCACUUUUACAAACACUUCCCUUACACACAUAAUGCCUGCAGGGGUUUGAGACUGAUUAGUUUUAUUUGCUCCUUCCGUUUGUUCAACUUUUCAGCUCUAAUUUCUUCUCCUCUAUGUCCAACCAGACAAAUGCAAGAGCUACGUGACUUGGAGAACUUCCUCAUCCUUUACCUUAAGGUCAAACGUGUUUGAUGGGUUGAAUUAAUAUUUUAUUUUGUUUAUUCCAUGCAAUGAGUAGUGAAUAGUGAGAUGAAUUGGUUUUAUGUGUAAAAAAAAAAACUAAACAUGAGUGUUAUUAGUAUUAAUAUGAGAAGUAAUAGUAAUCUAAUGGAAAUCGUUUAUAUACUUCUAGUUUUCAAAUCAUUAUUGGCUAAUUUCUACUAACUUUAAAACCAGCAGUAGCCUACUGUGAACACUCCGGGUCCUGCUGCAUCAGCCUGUUGUGCUGUUCACAAGAACAGCAGGACUGGGCCUGGGCUUAUGGUGGUCUUGUCGAGCCAAUGGAGUCUUCUAAGCCCAGGUAGUCUCACAGGAGGGUGUUUUGGCUUGUUACAGCUGGGGGAGGCCAGAUGUUGUACAAGAAAAAAGGUGCAUGAUGCUGUACCUAUUGCUGGGUUAUGUUCUAUAUAUGACAAUGUAUUCCACACAUUGUUGGCCCACAUCAAUCUAUAAUGAGGCUUGCAAUGUCUAAAUACAAUGAGACGAUUUAUUUAGCGAUCAAAAACAUCUUGGACGAACCCCUUUCAAUUACCUCAUUGCAUACUUCCGCAAACAUAGACGAGCCGACUAUGAAUUCGGGGGGGUGUUGUGAGAAGGGGUGUGUCCCAAGAAGCGAGCCUUAGAAAUGCAAAAUGCAGAGACCACACAAACGCAUCGAGGCAGAUGUAUUAUGCAGACUCGUAAAAUGUGACACGUCCACUUAGCAGAGCAUCACACAUGGUCACGUCUUAUGGCCGGAGCUUGGUAGAGGCGCGAGCCGCGGCUCCGUCGAGUCUGAGCGCGCUGUCCUCCGCUGGGCUCUAUGUGUCUCUUUGUUGUCCCUGGACAUGGACCACCCGAGCCACGGAUGAAAGGCGCUACCAGAGUUACGGCUUCAGUGACGUUGGUUAUAAUAACAUGAAAACGGCUUAGUUUAACGACCGGUUUAAGUCGGUUUACAUUGUGCAUGACAUCAGUCACGGUCGUUGCGCUAUAAAUUCUUCUUGUCUGCGGACUGAGGGCGUGUGUGACGCCCUUGGUAAUACGGCAUGUUCACAGUAAGGCAGUGCCAUCUAGUGGUUAGAGAUGGUACUAUUGCCUCCCGGACGCAUUUUGCACGAACAAAAGACGCCCCCCUCUUUGUGUGCACAGUCGCCUUCUCCGUUUCCCUCUCCUCGCAUCAUCCCUCCCUCCGUCCCACUCCUUUUGUCUCUCCUUCAACCUGGACUUGCCUCUUUUUUUUUGCAUUCUAUCAGUCUGCGCCGGCCUCAUCUUCAGCCUUUUCUUCAGUGCUCAAGUGUGUAUGUAGAUCCCUGCCCCUCCGAGAUGAACCGGGAGCCCUGGGCCAGCAGCACACAGGACCCGACCGCCUCUGAGCACACACUGCACCCACGGGAGGAGAGCUCAUCGCCGUCGGCAACCGAGCAGCAGCAGCAGCAGCAGCAGCAUCAGGAGCAGCAGGAGCUGCCGGACAAGCUGUGUCUGGACUCCUUUUGGAGCGAGGUGGAGACCAUUCGCCAGGGGAGUGGCUACGAGGCGGAGCUGGAAGAGCGUGCCAGGCGGGACUCCAGACAGUCGGAAGAGGGGGAGCAGGAGGAGCAGUGGCUGGCUGAUGCUGGUCUGUCCAACCUGCUGGUGAGCGAGGGUGCUGCGGAGGAUGUGGAGAACGCCGUGCUGCUGUCGACGCUGACGCGCACGCAGGCCGAGGCCGUCCAGCGCCGGCUGGACUCCUACACGCUGUCCCUCCGCAAGAGGAACAAGCCCCCGCCCCGGGACGUCCGGGACAUCUUCAACUCCCCCAUCACUCAGACGUUUGGGUCCCAGCACGGUGAAGGCCGAGCUCAAGACAACAUGGCGUCCGUGGCCAAAUCACCGCUAUCAGUGGUUCGUACAGAGCAGCAGCAGAGUGGUCUGAAGGAGGAGAUCUUCAUCACGGAUGUGGCCUACUGUGAUCAGGCAGCCAUUUUCCUGAAGCAGGCCAAGCUCCCCCAGAGCAACAGCAGGAAAGAAGAAGGAACCCUGCCUAGGGUGGUCUGCCCCCAGUGCCGCCUGGGCGUGACCCGGGUGCAGGACCUGUCCCCGGGGGACCUGAAGAAGGUGCGUCAGCUGGCGCUCAUCGACAUGACGGCGCUCAGCGACCUGCUGGAGCUGGAGGUCAAGAGGCAGAAGAUGUCCAAAAGGAAGAUGGCAGAGAGCGCUCUGUUCGGAGUGCCCCUGGCAACGCUACUGGAGAACGACCAGAGAGUCAAGCCCAGCACCACCACACCUCUCCUCCUGCAGGCGUUGCUGUCGUUCCUGGAGAAGAAAGGGGUCGAGUCUGAGGGCAUUCUGCGGGUACCCGGCUCUCAGUCCAGAAUCAAGCUGCUGCAGCAGACCCUGGAGACCACCUUCUACUCCGGGGGGGUGGACUGGGACGAGGUCAGCCCCAACGACGCCGCUGCCCUGCUCAAGAAGUUCAUCCGGGAGCUUCCGUCGCCGCUGCUCACCGCUGAGCACCUCAACACCUUCAGCGCCGUCAGAGACAUUACAGAGCUGAAACAGAAGCUCCACAUGUUGAACCUGCUGAUCCUGCUGCUGCCAGAGCCCAACAGGAACACACUCAAGGCCCUGCUGGAGUUCCUCAGCAAGGUGGUGUCGAGGGAGAGGAGGAACCGGAUGACCCUGUGGGCGGUGGCCACCAUCAUGGCGCCCAACCUGUUCCUGCACAAGGCCGUGCCCAGCCGGCUGACGGACGGCGGCGCCGAGAAGGGCCACGCCGAGAAGGCAGCCGACAUCAUGAGGCUGCUGAUCCGCUACCAGGACCUGCUCUGGACGAUUCCCAACUUCCUGAUGAGCCAGGUGCGCAAGCUGAACGAGAACAGCAACCGCCGCUACCAAUUCUACGACCGCCGCAUCAAGAACCUGCUGAGGAAGAUCCACACGGACACCAGAGACAAGCCCGAGAAGAACACCUCAGAGCCGUGCCGGACGGUGAAGGUGCAGGUUGGAGACCUGGUGAGCAGCACCAUGGAGGUCCAGGUCACCGUCACCUCCAGGGCCUCGGACCUGCUGGCCCAGUUCCACAGGCAGUUCCUCCGCAGCCCCGACAAGAGCAAGGGCAAGCUACGGCGGAACGGCUCCACGGUCUAUCCGGACUGUGCCAUCUAUGAAGUUGGGGGGAACAUUGGUGAGCACUGUGUGGACCCCAACACACACCUUCUGGACCUUUACAACAGCAACCCUGCAGGAGAGUGGGUGAUCAAGAUGAGGCCCAACGCAAGCAGAGGGCUGUGAUGGCACCCCCCACCCACCACGCACCCCACCCAUCCACACCGUCACCCAAUCCAUCACCCACCCCAUCGCAGGACAGGGACCCCCUGUUUUAUGACUUUCUCCGGGCCGAGACACAGACGGGGGAGGGGGGGGGGGGGGGGGGGAUACGAAUGGUUGUAUAGUAGUCCCGCCCACCACGCCCCUCACCAUCCCCCCACAUCGCCCUCCUCCGCCCUCCCUCCGCCGUUACUUUCCCCCCCGCGUUACUGCGGCGUCGCACUGCAGCAGUAGCAGCCAGGUUUGGUCACGUGACUCAGGACUUCCAAUCGGGAGCCGGAGGGGAGGGGAGGGGGAAGGGGAAGGGGAGAGGAAAGCGACCAUUUGGCAUGGCAGCGAUGCUCUGGGGGCGAUAGACCCCGACCACGAGAGAGAACAGAUGGGGCCCUGAAGCUCCCCGAGCGAGGAGCGGCAAGCGGCUGCAUACCAUCACGGAGGACGCAGCGGCCCAAAGUGGAACCAUUUUUCGCUGUGUGUCCGGCCUGUCACCCCCCCCACCAAAAGUGUUUGUUCAUAUCAGUGGAAAGCCGGUGUAGAUCCCUCAUUCGUUGGUUUCCUCUGCUGCCAGGGAGGAGGGGGGAGUCCUGCUCCUUCACUGACAUUAUCAAAACCAAUGAACAUGUGCGGAGAAAACAACAGACUUUCUUUUUUCUUUUCUUAAAACGCCUUCGUACCGAAGGCCUUAGUGUCUCAUCCUCAACGGCACCUUUUUGUACUCUGUAAAAAAAAAAAAGGGAGUGGACAGGGACAGAGAGCGGAGCCGGUCUCCAGCCUUCUGUCUCAUUUUUAUGUGUUGUUGUUGUUUUUUUACAAUGUCGAGUUCCCGAAGCGACUCUUGUGAUGUCGAAGUGAUUAUUUAUAUUAAGGAUGUGAUGAUGAUGAUGAUGAUGAUGAUGUUGUGGUUGUUGCGUCUGUAUUGCUGAAUGUAUUGUAUUCAUGAUGAGUAACUUUAGGACGACCACAGAGUUGUGUCCCUCAGUAGCUUGGGGGUCGUGUGAAUAUCAUAAUGAGAAUGUUCCCUUACAUGUAUGUUAUUCGUUUUUGUUUGCUUCCAACUUGUCUCUCUCUCACCAGUGUAUUGUAUUUCAUCCAAACAACUAGCAGUACUCCUUAACUAAUCACAUUUCACUUGUAAAUAUUGCUUGUUCUUGCUCAACUCCAUCUUGAAUGAACGUUGAAAUAGACAUACUGGCUGUUGUGGCUCAUUUCACUG